UUACUCUAGUCCUUUUGACUGAGAACUUUUCUUUCUCUCUUGCUGAAGACCAGAGUCUGCCCUGCGGUUGGAAGGAAAUGUUUUCUUUCACAAUGUUUGCUUUAUCUCUGGUAAUAUUUUAAAAGUUCUGCAUCAAAUUCACUAGUAAAUUCUGAACGGGAGAACAGAGAAACAGGAAGAGGCGAGCUGAAGAAGGCAGACAAGCCGGUAGAGUGAUCGAAAGUAAAAAAAAAAAAGCUCCUUCCUGGAGUCCCCAACCCCGCUCCGGUCUUUUGUUCCGGGAUUUUCUCCCCUGUGGACAAGUCUUGGAUAUUGGAGCACUUGGAAUUAGGCAGUUUGGGGGACGGGGAGACAGGGAUGGUCCCGGGAAAGGUUGGAGCAGGUCUUCAUUCGCCUUUGGCUGUCAUCUUAGGUGCACAGAUAGUCCGACAAGAGACCUGCGAGGAAGGCGCUGCUGUUGUGAGGAACCCAGGAUUUGCAUCUGGUUACUGCUCCUACCUCUUGACAAGCAUGGAUUUCAGCAAAUGUCUUUACAAUAUUGGGGAACAACUGGGCAGUGAUGAGCUGGCCUCCCUCAAGUUCCUGAGCCUGGACUACAUCCCACAAAAGAAGCAGGAGCCUAUCAAGGAUGCCUUGACGCUAUUCCAGACACUUCAGGAAAAGGGAAUGUUGGAGGAAAGCAAUCUGUCCUUCUUGAAGGAGCUGCUUUUCCGAAUUAAUAGACUGGACCUGCUGACCACUUACCUGGACACCAGCAAGGAGGAAAUGGCACAGGAAGUUCAGACUCCUGGCAGGGCUCAGAUUUCUGCCUACAGGGUCAUGCUUUUUCAGAUUUCAGAAGAAGUAAGCAAGCUGGAAUUGAAAUCUUUUAAGUUUCUUUUGAGCAAGGAUAUCCCCAAGUGUAAGCUGGAUGAUGACCUGAGCUUGCUUGACAUUUUCAUAGAGAUGGAGAAGAAACUUAUCCUAGGGGAGAGAAACUUGGAUAUGCUGAAAAACAUCUGUGAUCAAAUCAAUAAGAGCCUGCUGAAGAAAAUCAAGGAUUAUGAAGAAUUAAGCAAAGAGAGAAGAAUGAGUCUUGAAAGAAGCCCAGAUGCAUUCUCAAAUGGGGAGGAGUCCUUCAGGAUGCUGGCAUUGUCAGACUCUCCAGGAGAACAAGACAGUGACUCACAGACAUCAGACAAAGUCUACCAAAUGAAAAGCAAACCUCGGGGAUACUGUUUGAUCUUCAACAACUAUGAUUUUAGCACAGCACGGAAGGAUAUGCCCAAGCUUCACAACAUUAAGGAUAGGAAAGGAACAGAUUUGGAUGCAGAGGCUUUGAGCAAGACCUUUACGAAGCUUCAUUUUGAAGUAGUACCUCACAAAGAUUCCACAGCAAAGGAAAUCUGUGAAGUUCUGAAGUCCUACCAAAGCAUGGACCACAAUAAUAAAGACUGCUUCAUCUGCUGUAUCCUCUCCCAUGGAGAUGAGGGCAUAGUCUAUGGCACUGAUGGACAGAAGGUCUCCAUCUAUGAUCUGACCUCUUAUUUCACUGGUUCAAAGUGCCCUUCCCUUGCUGGGAAACCUAAAGUCUUUUUUAUUCAGGCUUGUCAAGGGGAUAACUACCAGAAAGGCGUACCUGUUGAAACUGACUCAGAGCAAAAGGAAGCCUACUUAGAGAUGGACUUAUCAUUUCAAAAGAGUUAUAUCCCAGAUGAAGCUGACUUUCUGUUGGGGAUGGCCACUGUGAACAACUGUGUUUCCUAUCGAAACCCCCAGGAGGGAACCUGGUAUAUACAAUCACUUUGCCAGAGGCUGAGAGAAAGGUGUCCCCGAGGCGAUGAUAUUCUCACCAUCCUGACUGAAGUGAACUAUGAAGUGAGCAAUAAGGAUGACAGGAAGAACAUGGGGAAGCAGAUGCCCCAGCCCACAUUUACAUUAAGGAAAAAACUCUUCUUUCCUCUUGAUUGAUGCUGUUGCCUCUGUGUGUAACACUAUUCUUUAUUUAUUAAGUAUUUUUUAUUUGUUCUAAUAACAUUUUAUUAAGUUGUAAGCUAUUACUUGUUUUGCACUUUUUUUGAUGGCAGGAAGGGAAUUGGGAAAUCAGUACAUUUUUUCCCUAAUAUUACUUUUAAAUAUACAAAUAUUAUCUCUUUUUCCCUACAAAGUGUCACUAUAAUCAAUUCAUCCCACCCUAUAUAUUUGAAUCAAGAACAAUUUAAUUCUUCUAUGAAUUCAAGCUCAAAUCUCUGACUUUGCAAUAUCAACCACUCUUAGACAUUUAUUAUUAUGGUAUAAUUUUAACCAUAUUUUAAAAAAUUUUUAAUUUGUUUUAAUUAGUUAUACAUGACAGUAGAAUGCACUUUGAUACAUCAUAUAUAAUGGAGUAUAAUUUCUCAUUCUUCUGAUUAAACGUGAUGUAGAAUCCCACCAGUCACGUAGUUAUGUAUGUACAUUGGGUAAUAAUGUCUGAUUCAUUCUACUGUCCUCCUCCCCCUAAACUCCUUCCCCUCCCUUCACUCCCCUCCACCUAAAGUAAUUCUAUUCUUCCCUAGCCAUCCCUCAUUGUGAAUCAGCCUCCACAUGUCAGAGAAUUAACUGAAUUUUUUAAAAAAUUUUAAAUUUUAUUUACUGGUAUAUGGUGCUGAGUAUUGAACCCAGGGCCUCGCACAUGCCAGGCAAGCACUCCACCACUGAGCCACAACUCCAGUCCCUAACUGUAUUUUUAAUAAGAUGAAAAAGUACUACAUAAAAGUAAAAACUACAUUAAUCAAGUUAUAUUUCACACUACUUUCAAAAUGUAUAAAUUUGGAAAUAUUCUUUAAAAACUUAAAAAAAAAUCAAGUUGUUUUACAGCUUCUUUAUUAUCUGUGCCCAAACUCCCUUCCUGGCAUCUCCCUUCUAUUCUGUUAUUGAGCUGCAGCCUCAGCUUUUUUUUUUUUUUUUUUUUUUUUCUUUUCUUUUCUUUUGAGACUAAGUCUCACUACAUUGCUCAGGCUGGCCUCAGGCUUAUGAUUCUCUGCCUCUGCCUCCUGAGAAUCCUGUUUUUCUUACACACACCUCUUCAUCAGCUGUUCUUCCUAAUCAUUCAUUUACACCUUUCAUACACUUGCAUUCAUUUUUUUCUUUCUGUGAAUGAUUUAUUUCAUAUCUUUAAACUUUAAGAGUAUUUUUAAACUUUUUAAAAAACAUUUUUAAAAAAAUAAAAUGUAAUUUUAUCUUACUGCUCCUCAGA